UGACUAGGGUAGGGACAGAGGGUGCGUCUUAAGGCUCAGCUAGGGACAGCUUCAUCCAGGAAGUAGUCAGAAAUUGGGGGCCAAGCUGCAAGGAGGAAGAGGUGGGGAGAGAGAAUGGAGAGAGAGGUGUUCAGUGAUCAAAUGCCUGGCCUGGCCUGUUUCCUCAGGAGACACCCCUGGGAUUCUGGGAGCCUCUCCCCCUGGGCUGCUAUCCAACAGGGGGCAAGUAAUCCCCCCUUACACACACUAAGAACCCAGGGUGAGUGUCAAAUUAUAUGUUAGCUAAGAAAUGAAGAGAGGGAGCAGGAUUUCUGGUUGACAGUGAGGAUAUUUAUUAAGGGUUUACUGGUACAGGGAGAGGGGCUGGAUGAUUUGGGGUGGGAGGGGAUCCCUGUUCUGGGAUCCUGCAGCUCCAGGCCCCCAUGGGUGGGGUGAGGUUCAGGGGCCUAAGAACAUUCUUCAGGGGCCUCUGAACAUUCUUCAGAGGCCUCUGUCUUCUCCACAGUGCUCUCUUGUGUGUGACCUUACAGCUGUAACUGCUGCAGGACCUCCACUGGUCGGGUGUCAGGCUCAGGUUGCUUCUGGCUGUGUGCUUGUUGCUCUGUUUGGAGGUCUUGGUGACUUCCGUACCCUGGGUGACAGGGGUGCUGUUUGCCUUCCAGGCCACCGUCACAGCUCCCGGGUAGAAGCCACUCAUGAGACACAGCAGUGUGGCCUUUUGGCUUAGAGCUCCUCAGAGGAGGACGGGAACGGUGACCAAGGGGGUGGCCUUGGGCUGGCCUGUGGGUGGGCAAGCAGCAGGAGGUCAGCAUCCUGUUGUGUACCUGGGAGACCCCUGACCUCAGUGUAUGAAGAGGGGUCAGGCCCCCUCAGUGCCAGUGUAGGACCCCUCAGAUGUGGUCCACAGUGUCUCAGAAGGGUGUGACAUGAGGUUCCUAAAACAACUCUCUUUCAGGGAACCUCCGAGCCUGUCCCCUGCCCACCAGUGGUGGCAGUUAAUUUGGUAUUCAUUUCCAAGGCUGGAGAAGGAUGUAAUUUUUUUUCUUUUCUUUUCUUUUGGUGAGACAGGGUCUUACUGUGUUGUCCAGGUUGGAGUGACCUGGCGUGGUCUCUGCUCACUGCUAAUUUUUGUAUUGUUUGUAGAGAUGAGGUCUUCCUGUGUUGUCCAGACUCAUCUCAAAUUCCUGGGCUCAAGGGAUCUUCCUGCCUUGGCCUCGCAAAGUGCUGGGAUUACAGAUGUGAGCUACUGCAUCCAGCCCCCCCCCCCUUUUUUUUUUGAGAUGGUGUCUCACUCUGUUGCCCAGGCCGGAGUGCAAUGGCACAAUCUUGGCUCAGUGCAACUUCUGCCUCCCAGGUUCAAGCGAUUCUCCUGCCAAAGCCUCCCAAGUAUCUGGGAUUACAGGCAUCUGCCACCACACCUGGCUAAUUCUUUUGUAUUUUCCGUAGAGAUGGGGUUUCCCCAUGUUGGUCAGGCUAGUCUCGAACUUUUGAUGACCUCAGAUGAUCCACCCACCUUGGCCUCCCAAAGUGCUGGGAUUACAGGCAUGAGCCACCAUGCCCAGCCUCUCAGCUCCUAAGUCUUAUGUUCAUCAAUCAAUCUCUUGCUGGGGUUCCCCUAGGAGGAGGUGAAAUGACCCCAGCUCGCUGUUCCUCACAUGGGUGCUGCCACGUCACUGGCUCAGGCUCAGCUGCUGGGUCACCAGGAGAAUGGACCCUUCCUCCACCUCAGCUCAGAGCACAGUGAUGAUUCGUGACUUUCCCAAUAGAACUUCAAAUCUCUGAAGACGGGGGGUGGGGGGAUGUGCUUGAGUGUUUGUACUCAUGGUCUUGUUCUCGGAGUGACAAAGCUGGAACACAAUACCUCUAUGCAUAAAAAGGUUGUCACUUGUCACAACUAACAGGCUUUCACCUCACGGAAAUUUUCUUCCCUUGUGUACUUUUCCCCUGGCAGUGGACAUGGCUGCACUCUUCCAAGAAGCAAGCAGCUGUCCCGUCUGCUCAGACUAUCUGGAAAAACCAAUGUCCCUGGAGUGUGGAUGCACCGUCUGCUUCAAGUGCAUCAAUUCGCUGCAGAAGGAGCCCCAUGGGGAGGAUCUACUUUGCUGUUGCUGUUCCAUGGUCUCUCAGAGGAACAAAAUCAGGCCCAAUCGGCAGCUAGAGAGGCUGGUUUCCCACAUCAAGGAACUGGAGCCCAAGCUGAAGAAGAUUCUACAGAUGAACCCAAGGAUGCGGAAGUUCCAAGUGGAUAUGACCUUGGAUGCCGACACAGCCAACAACUUCCUCCUCAUUUCUGACGACCUCAGGAGCGUCCGAAGUGGGCUCAUCACACAGAAUCGGCAAGACCUUGCCGAGAGAUUUGACAUGUCCAUUUGCGUCCUGGGCUCCCCUCACUUUACCUGUGGCCACCACUACUGGGAGGUGGACGUGGGAACAAGCACAGAAUGGGACAUGGGAGUCUGCAGAGAAUCUGUUCACCGCAAAGGGAGGAUCCAGCUGACCACAGAGCGUGGAUUCUGGACUGUGAGUUUGAGGGAUGGAAGCCGCCUCUCUGCCAGCACGGUGCCGCUGACUUUCCUCUUCGUAGACCGCAAGUUACAGCGAGUGGGGAUUUUUCUGGAUAUGGGCAUGCAGAACGUUUCCUUUUUUGAUGCUAAAAGUGGUUCCCAUAUCUAUACAUUCAGGAGCGUCUCUGCUGAGGAGCCACUGCGCCCAUUUUUGGCUCCUUCAAUUCCACCUAAUGGUGAUCAGGGUGUCUUGAGCAUCUGUCCUUUGAUGAACUCAGGCACUACUGAUGCUCCAGUCCGUCCUGGGGAGGCCAAAUACGCCCUCACUCCAAAAAAAAAACAGGGUCAGAAAAUUACUUGGGUGGGUAGACUUAGGAAUUUUCUACUUGGUAAAAGCAUUAUACAGUCAUAGGAGAAAGAUAUGGGACAUUUCUGUAAUCUAUAUUCUAAUUUGAUUCGAUUAUUGAGUCGUAAGUAUUAAUUAUUGCCACCAUCCAACUCAUUGAGUCUUACGGUUCACAUCUUGUUUCCUAUAGAAAUGUUCUGUAUUCUCGGAUCAAUUUCCAAAUGCUUUACUUUUUCAUUUCUGUAAGUUCAAAUCAAUGUUUAAAUUAUAGAAGUUAUGAGGUAAAUAAACAUUUGGAUAUCA